GUUUUCCCACCGCACCCGCUCUCGCUCACGCACACGCACUCGCACUCGCACGCUCACGCUUCCCUCUGCCUCACACCGCCACGCCCGCCCUCCGCACGGCCCCUCGCCCGUCACCUGACCUCGCCCGUCCAACGCCCCGGCAGCCGCACAUUCGUCCCGCGCGCUUCGCUUCCCAACCACCGCGCGCUGCUGCUCUCUUCCUUCGCGGCGAAGAAAAAAGAAAAUCUCUUUUUGGAAACCACUGUCCCCCGGCCGAUCGCUGCGAGUGACUUUUGCUAGUUGACUCGUACGUUUUAUCUCUUGGCCCGUUUGCUCCGGGGCCUCUAUUUUGUUGCUUUCUCGACGCGCCUGCACGCGAUCUGAACGCUGCGUCGCGACGUGCAGCUUCCGCACCUUGAGCGAGUCACGUGCGCUGGCCCUUCCAGAGCUUUUGUCUACCCACCGCGAUUCCUCGCCGCCAACUUCCAACCUCCCACCUUUGCCGGCGUCUGCACAUCGCCGUCGAGUCAUCGCGACCGUCCCAGCUGCGCCUCGCUAUCGCCACCGCGCAUCUACAUAAGUCACCUUUCCCACCGCUUGGCUGUUCCGGCGCGCAGCUGCCACCUGCAACCUGUGUCGCGACGCGACCGCCGCCCGCUGCGCAUCACCAAAACUUAUCCGCAACGGACUGCGCACCCGUCGCGCAUCGAUUCGCAUCACUCGAAUGUCUUGCUGAGUGCGCUGACGCUCCCCACACAUGGCUGUCAUGGCUUCAGAUACCCCCGCUGUACCCCCCGCCUUACCAGAGAAGGCACAACAACUACCGGACACGUCUCAACUGUCCGAAAAGACCCAACUCAACGGAAACACGAACCACCACGACGCACUUUUUGACGCCUCCGCGGCCCAGAACGGUAUGAGCAACGGCACGUCAGAGAACUCCACGUCCCAGGAAAGUGCUGGCGCCACAAAAGUCGUGGUCGCGGCCGAGGACACCUCCACUGCACCUGUAGAGCACGUCGAAGCUGGUAUGUCUGGUGUUGCAGAUUUCGUACCAGCCAGCGCAACAGAUUCGACAGUCCCGGCCACCGAUAUGCUGUCCACAACGACAGAACCACCUGCGGUCGCUGCAUCGACGUCUGACGUGCGUGACGAGCCGCUUCCUACAGACAUGUCGAAGCCUGCUGCUGAAGCUGCACCAGCUGCGACAGGCCAGCCCGAAGCUCUGGUUAACACCAAACCAGCAGCGCCGCAGCAGGAAGCCACCGAGGCACCCGUGGAAGACAAAAUGGACACCAGCGAGGAUGCCCCAGCAGCAUCCGAGUCGCACGUCUCCACUGAUGCAGUCCGCCUAGCGGAGAGACCGGACGAGCCAAUGGAAUCCGUUGAGCCAGCAGCAACUCCGAAUGUGUCUGCAGUGGUAUCGACGCUACCAGUACCCGGACAGGAGGCCAAGACCCAAACACAAACCCAGCAAGAGCAAGCAACGGCGGGUCAGGUGCGCCCGCGCGAAGAGGACGAGGAGGCAGAACCAGUCGCAAAGCGUGCAAAGACAGAAGGCACGGAGGAGGGUGCAGCGGCUACGGACUCUGCACAACCAGCUGCACCUACCGGCGCGGCGGCAUCAGCGCCAGAGCAAACAAAUGCAUCUGCGGCUGACGCAGAGGCAUCAACGUCGGUGCCAGCCGCCAUCCCAGCACCGAAACAACCACCGUUGGACUCGAACCCGAUCACCCCAACGCAAACAAAGUUCUUGCUCGAGCAGAUCCGAAAAGCAAAGAAGACUAAGAGUGCGCUGGCUUACCUUACUCCUGUCGACUAUGUUGCAUUGAACAUUCCCACGUAUCCCGACAUCAUCAAGAACCCGAUGGAUCUAAAAACUAUGGAAGAGAAGUUGAAGCAGGGCAAAUACCGUACGGCGGACGACUUGAUGACCGACUUCGAAACGAUGGUGCAGAACUCGCAGAUUUUCAACGGCCCACAGCAUCCAGUUGCACAAGCAGGACAAUCGCUGCGUGCGUACUUCAUAAAAUGUGUCAGCAUGAUGCCGAAAGGCGAGGCUGCAAAAGCUACUGAGUCGAAGCCCAAGAAAUCUGAGCCUGCGGCUCCCAAGGCGCCACGACCUGCUCGUCAAGCUAGCACAGUGACCGCAAAGUCACCCGCAUCUGAGAAGCCAGCCGGCUUUUUGAACGAGCAUGGCAUGCCGAUCAUACGGCGCGAUUCUUCGGCGCAGAACGACCGUCCCAAGCGGGAGAUUCACCCUCCAAAACGCGACUUGCCCGCAAGCUCUGCGCGACCAAAGAAAAAGAAGGCGCAGCUCGAACUUCGGUUCGCAGAGACAGUUGUUGCAGAGCUUCACAAGAAGAAGCAUCAAUCCUUUACCUACGCUUUCCUGUAUCCUGUUGACCCGGUUGCUCUCAACAUCCCCAACUACCUACGCAUCAUCAAGAAGCCAAUGGACUUCGGCACCAUCCUGACCAACCUCAAGAACGGACAGUACUCGAGCGCGAAGGAAGUUCAUGCGGACUGCAAGCUUGUUUUUGCGAACUGCUACAAGUUCAAUCCUCCUACCGAUGCUGUCUUCAAGAUGGGCAAGGAAACGGAGGAGCUUUUCGACAAGCUGUGGGCAAACAAAGAUCAAUGGAUUGCAGACAACCAGCCCCAGUCCGAACCGGCCUCAGAAGAGGAAGAGGAGGAUGUCGAGGAGGAAGAAGAGGAGCCCGAGGAUCCCAACAUUCGCCGCAUGCAGGAAAUCCAGGCCCAGAUCGCGGCACUCUCUGCCGAGGCUCAACAGCUUAUCCAGCCUACCCGACGCAUGUCGCCAAAGGUGUCGACCAAGUCCAAAUCCGCAAAAGCUAGCUCCAGCAAGCCCAAAGCAGCAUCGAAGAGCCAGACCGUCUCCGCUCCAAAGUCGAAGCCCAAGAAGGCAUCGAAGCCCAAGAAGCUUACCUUGGACCAGAAGCGAGAAGUGUCCGAAGGCAUCGCCAAUCUGGAUGAAGCAAAGAUGCGCAAGGCGGUCCAGAUCAUUCGAAAUGGCGUGCCGUCUCUUGCAAAUGUCCAAGAUGACGAGCUUGAGCUCGACAUUGAUGAGAUCCCAGAGGAUGUCGUCUACAAGCUUUGGGAGUUUGUAAAAGCCUCUGCUCCAAAGCGCGAGCGCGAACCUAGCCCAGAUUAUGUUGACGACGAUGAGGACGACACGUACCAAGCUCGUUCCACAGGUGUCGGCGGUCCACGCCGCAAGAACAAGCCGAUGAAAGCGCAGGAGCAGGAGGAGCGCAUCAAACAGCUGCAAGAGAAGCUGCAAGGCGGCGGAGUUUCCGGCUCGUCUGCGAGCCCUAUUGCUCAGCACCAUGAGAGCGAAGAUGAGGGCGACAGUGAGUCGAGUGAGGAAGAAUGAUGGCUUGCUUGUGACGGCAUGGCGCUUUCGACCUGCUCGAAGGCGCUCUCCGUUCUGAUCCCCACUCUCUAUAGUCGUCUGGGCUUCUCAUUUCUUUCCUUCCCCCAUUUCCCUUCUUCCCACGAACGAAUAUGUAUAAUUACUGCUGGCGCAGUGCCCGCAAAGACGAGUGCUGAAAGAAUUUUGUGACACCAUUACGUAGUUAUAACUGGGGACGGUUCAAGUGGUUUAUUUUUUGUACGAGAAACAGAUGAAGAGGUAUCGAUCAGAUAGUUCGGCGGUUUUGCCGAAGAACGUCUGCGGAGGAAAGCUACUUUCCGCGUUCUAUGCCGCAUGAUGGAAACGGGCAAUACACAUGCUUCCUGCUUCCUGAUUGCAAAACUGCGCUUUGUAGUAUGAGAUUCAGCAGCUUUAGGGGUCGAGCGAAGCGAAAUUGAAUGGACGUGGUUCGUUGUCGCGUGUACAAUGUGCUUUCCAGAGUUCCCAGACAUUCCCAGAGUUCCUCUAUGACAGAUUGCUUCCCAGCAUCA